UUUACUCUUACCAAAUUGUGAUAUUGAUGGGGCAGUACAGUCGAAUCCUCUACUUCCUCUUCUUGUUUUUGAGUCUUGAGUUUUGUUCUUCAUCCUCAUUUUCCUCCUUUUCAACCAACACGUCACUGCAGUUGUGCUCCCAUUAUGACAAACUGGCCUUGAUCGAAUUCAAAAGCAACUUUUCACUAAACAUUAAUGUUUCCUCAGAUUGUCCAACUUCUUAUCCAAAGACAAAUUCAUGGAAAGAAGGCAGGGAUUGUUGUUCUUGGGAUGGUGUUACAUGUGAUACUGUAACUGGUCGAGUGAUUGGCCUCGACCUCAGUUGCAGUUGGCUUUAUGGCUCUCUACGUUCCAACAAUAGUCUCUUCCGACUUAAACACCUCCAGAAACUCAAUCUUGCUCAUAACUAUUUUAACUCAAGGAUUUCUUCCAAAUUUGGUAAGUUUGAGAGUUUGACAAAUCUUAACCUCUCUUAUUCCGGCUUUUCAGGACAGGUACCAUCUGCAUUCUCUUACUUGUCCAAAUUGAUUUCUCUUCAUAUCUCUGGCUUUACUGUGGAGAUUGAAGUAGCUACACUGAGAGGAUUUCUUCAAAAUGCUACUGUUCUGCAAGAGCUUUUUUUUGACGAAGUGGACAUGUCUUCAGUAAAUCCAGGUUUGUUGACGAAUCUCUCAUCAUCUUUGACAUCUUUGCAUAUUGAUUCAUGCUAUAACUUGCAUGGAAAGAUUCCAGAAAACAUUCUCCUCCUACCAAACCUCCAGUUACUGCAUUUAACAGGUGACUAUCGCUUCUAUUUUGACGAUAUUGACGAUAUUGACAGUACUUUUUAUUUAACCGAAGGUUUGGUAGGAGAUUAUGGUUUGAGUAUUGAUUUUCGAAUGUCUAAUUGGAGCACACCUCUAAGGCACCUAGUACUUGUUUGGAUAUAUUCCCCGAGAGAGUUUCCUGAAUCAAUAUGCAAUCUGACGUCCUUGGAGUUUUUUGAUUUCUCGUAUAAUAAUAUCUCAAAAUCACAAAUUCCUACCUGCAUUGGAAGUCUAACACACCUCAUCCAUCUGAGAAUGUUUGAUAACAACCUCUAUGGUAGGAUCCCAUCUUCACUUUCAAACCUCACAAAACUUGAUUUCUUAUCUCUUUCUAGAAAUCAACUGGUAGGCCCUGCUCCUGACUUGUCCAAAUCUUUCAAAACUAGUUUCCUUGGACUUAUCUUACAACUCACUUAGUGGAACCAUACCAUCCUCCUCCUUUUCAUUCCUAUCAUUGCAAUAUUUAUACGUUCAUCAUAACCACUUCACUGGUAUCCAGGGCUUUCAAUCUAAAUCAUUGAGGAAAAUCAUUAUGAGAAAUAAUAUGCUACAAGGACCUAUUCCAAGUUUUGUCUUUGAUCAAGUUAAACUUACCACCCUUUUGUUGUCGUCAAAUAACUUGACUGGUGUGGUUUGGACUGACAACUUCUUGAAGCUAAAAAAUCUUGAAAAGCUUGACCUCUCAUCUAAUAGUCUUUCACUUUUGAACACCAAAGCAAACCACAAAAACACAUUGUUGCCCAAACUGCAAGAGGUACACUUGCGUUCUUGCGGCAAAGUUGAAUUUCCCAAUUUCAUACGAGCCUCAAGAUACUUGCAAGAGUUAGACCUUUCCAACAAUAGCAUACAAGGGCAUGUUCCUGACUGGAUGUGGGAUGUGGGGAGGGAAACAUUGGUUGGCUUAGAUCUUUCGUACAACUAUUUGACUGGCCGCAUAGAAAGAAUUCCAUGGAAGAAUCUAUACUUUCUUGACCUUCACUCCAACUUGCUUCAAGGACAGCUACCAAUUACACCAUUUGAAUUGGCAUUCUUCCGAAUCUCUGCCAAUAAUUUGACUGGAGAGAUUCCUACUUCAUUUUACAAUUUGAAACGUAUCUACUUCCUUGUUAUUUCAAAAAAUGCCUUGUCCGGUAUUAUUCCCGAGUGCAUUAGAAACUUAACCUACGGUCUUCAACUUUUACAUCUACAAAAGAAUUCAUUUCAUGGAAAGAUUCCAAGCAUGUCGAGUGAAUACUGUGACUUGAGGACUCUCAACUUCAAUGGCAAUCAACUGGAAGGGCCUUUACCAAGAUCAAUUGCAAAUUGCACAAGUUUGGAAGUUUUGAAUCUUGGGAACAACGUGAUAAAUGAUACAUUCCCUCACUGGUUGCAUAUUCUCCCAGAAUUACAACUUCUUGUUUUAAAAUCCAAUCAUUUUCGUGGUCCGAUUCUUGACUACAAGGCCCAUCAUUCGUUUCCAAACUUAAGAGUAUUUGAUAUAUCCAACAAUAAUUUUGUGGGUCCUUUGCCAAUGAAAUAUAUCAAGAAUAUGAAGGCCAUGAUGCACGUCGAAAAUUAUUCUGAUGAAGUGAAAUACAUUGGAGAACCAUAUAUUUUUACUGAAGAUCCUGUGAUUCUGAUGAUCAAAGGAUUGGAGUAUGAGUUGUUGAAAAUAAUAACAAACUUCAAGGUCAUCGAUUUGUCUAAUAACAAAUUUGAAGGAGAAGUUCCGGAAGUAAUUGAGAAUCUUUCUUUCCUCAAAGGGCUCAACUUUUCACACAACCUACUCAGUGGUCACAUUCCAUCGUCAAUGGGAAAUUUGAGAGAGCUUGAGUGGUUAGACUUUUCCUGGAACGAGUUCGUAGGCAAGAUUCCUGAGCAAUUGGCAGGUCUAACAUUUCUUUCACAGUUAAACCUCUCCCAUAACAAGCUCGUUGGACCCAUACCUCAAGCACGCAGCUCGACACAUUUGACAAUAGUUCCUACGAAAGAAAUUUAGGGUUGUGUGGAUUUCCAUUGUCAAAAACUUGUGACAGUAAUGGUGCUUCACUACAAUCACAACCAUUGCUUCGCGAAGAGGAUGAUUAUGAAAGUGGGUUUGAUUGGAAUAUCAUAAUGAUGGGUUAUAGUUCUGGACUGGUUAUGGGAUUGUCUCUAGGAUAUAUCGUGUUCAUAACAGGAAAACCAUAAUGGUUAGUGAGACUCGUUGAAGGAAGCUGGCUUAAGCAAGUGAAGAGGCCAAAUCAAAGACAAAGAAGAAGAAGAAAAAG